AUGUUGAGCAUCGAUUUCCAUGCCCAUAUCGCAGGGUUUUCCCCAUUUGCUCAGUUCGAAAAGGGCGCUGGAAUCUUCCAAGAUGCGGCGCGCAUGAAACUCACGCAAGCACUCGUCGCACAGUUCCUCGCAUCCUAUCGCCAGGUUCAACAAGACCUCCACGAGGCGGAGGAAAUCAUCAACCCGGUUCUCCAGGAAAGAAGAAAAACUAAAGAAAUUGCUUUCAGGCAAGGAAAGUCACUUCCGCGGUACAACGAUGCUAUGGAGUGGCUGGAUCAGGUUGCCAAAGGCCGCUGUUAUGACCCCGCUGCCAUGCAGUUAACCUUCUCAUUCGCAGCAAUCCACACUACAUCAGACAUGUUGACUCAGGCAAUCUAUGAUCUGUGUGAGAGACAAGCAGUUGUCGAGGAGUUACGAAAAGAGGUUAUCUCCGUGAUAUCGAGCGAGGGAUGGAGGAAAGCGGCCAUGUACAAGCUCCAGUUGAUGGACAGUUUCCUGAAGGAGUCGCAAAGGGUGAAGCCUAUCAGUAAUGUGUCGAUGCGUCGCCUCGUUGAAAAAGACCUCCAACUCAGCGACGGAACCAAAAUCCCGAAAAACACAGGUCUACUUGUGGCAGCCGACUGGAACUGGGAUUCGGAUUUUUACGAGAACCCUCUGGUAUUUGGUCCUUAUCGCUUUUUGAAAAUGCGGCAGACGCCUGGUCGGGAAACUCAUGCUCAGCUCGUGUCGCCAUCCCCCGAGCACAUGGGAUUCGGCUUUGGCAAUCAUGCUUGUCCCGGUCGAUUCUUUGCUGCCAACGAGCUCAAGAUCUUCCUGUGCCACAUGCUUUUGAAGUAUGAUUUCAAACUGGCAGAAGGGUCUAUUCCCGCCCCGCAGAAAUAUGGAUUUGCGUGGAACGCCAAUCGACUGGCAAAGAUCUCGAUUCGCCGGCGUCGCGAGGAGAUUGUCCUCGAGGACUUCUCGUAG